AUGAAUCAUGCUCCAUUGCGUUUUUUAGUUUUGGGAGGUGAUCACUCAAUAUUAUAUCCUGUUAUUAGAGCUGUCUCGGAAAAGCUUGAAGGACCAGUUGAUAUUCUUCAUUUUGAUGGACAUACUGAUCUCUAUGAAAACUUUAAAGAUAACUAUUAUUCACAUGCUUCACCCUUUGCUCGAAUCAUGGAAGGCAAAUAUGUCAAUAGACUAGUUGGUAUACGAUCAAUAUCAGCCGAAGGAAGAGCACAAGGUCAGAAAUAUGAAGUAGAGAUACAUGAAAUGAGAAAUUUUGCAAAAGAACGCGACUAUUUGGAAAAUUUGAUCUCUUUCUCUUUGCUCUAUCAUUUUUAUUAUGAUCUAUUUUUCUAA